AUGACUAAUGCCAAAUCUAUAAGCAGAGAAUGGCUAUUUGAAGCUAAAAGAAGAAUAGAAGAAGGUGAAUCUUACAAAAGUGUGGGAAAGGAAGUUGAAUUGGAAAAUGGUAAAAUUAAAUUGAAUGUUGCCGAAAAUACAAUAAGAAGAGCAUUUCAACUUCAAGAAAUCGAAUUACCAAAAGUUAGUCGCGGCAGAAAACCAAAUCCACCAACAUUAGUUAGUAUACAUAUCUUGGGUACGGAGGCACUGCGCGCCUCCUUACCCAUUAUAUGUGAAUUUGAUACUUUACAAAACCGCUAA